AAUCUCUAGAAAGAUAAAUAUUUAGGAACGGAGGGAGUAUAAUCUAACAAUCACAUGCAUGAUCGAAGACUUUUGCAGUGUGUCUCUGCACACAAUCACAUGUGUUGCUAUAUAUGCGCUUAGAGACAAAGGUGAAAAGUUUACAAUGCAGAUAAGAGGUGCCUAAAUAUGGACCGCCCGUUGUGGCUACGGUUUUCUCACUGCCGCGGCUUACUAAAAAUGGUGUUUUUGUGUUUUUGAUAAAAUGCCUUAAAUGGAGAGUAUGUUGCUAGAUGUUGGUGUAACCAGGAGGGCUCUGCUGUCCGUGUCUCUGUCAUUGCCCCGCUGCUCCGACUUCCGAGAUUCUAUAUAGCUUGCCUAGGAUUCUUGGCCUGCUUUCGUACAUAGCAGAUCCAUAUCUUCCUCGCUAACAGGAGCAGAAACGUGCGGCUGCUAGCUCUUCUGUUGGUCUGCAGUUUGCACACAGCUCAAGUAAGUAAGGUCUAAGCAGACUUGUUUGCUCGAUCAUAUCUAGCUUCACUUUGUGAGUAACUCUGCAUGCAAUCCGAUGCAUAUGUAGGAAACAGCUAGCUAGUGUGGUAAUCAAUGGCGCUAUCAGCUGCCCCUGGCGUCGAGGCACCGCCGUCCGGGAAGCAGCUCAGCUACCAGCUCGCCGCUGCUGUGAGGAGCAUCAACUGGACUUACGCCAUUUUCUGGUCCUUGUCCACCGGCCUGCGCCCACCUGGAGUUCUGACGUGGAAGGGCGGCUUCUACAACGGCGAGGUAAAGACGAGGAAGAUCAUAAGCUCGACUACCACGGAGGUUACCGCAAACGACCUCAUCCUGCAGAGGAGUGAGCAGCUAAGGGAGCUCUACGAGUCUCUCCUGUCCGGCAAGGCGGACCACCGGGCGAGGCGUCCUGCCGCCUCGCUGUCCCCGGAGGAUCUCGGGGAAGCAGAGUGGUACUACACGCUGAGCAUGACUUACUCAUUCCGGCCUAGUCAAGGGUUGCCAGGCAAGAGCUUUGCGAGCAAUGAACAUGUUUGGUUGUACAAUGCUCAAUACGCAGACACCAAAACUUUCCAGCGCGCUCUCUUAGCAAAGGUAUCUUAUACAUAUUUAUCUCAAACUGUAUACAUCUUUCGGUCGUUAACUAACACCAUGAUGCUUGCCCACGCUACCGGACGGUUAAAUCAGACUGCGCCUAUUCAGACAGUCGUUUGCAUUCCCUUCAUGGGUGGUGUGCUGGAGCUUGGAACGUCGGAUUUGGUGUUGGAGGAUCCAGACAUGGUGAACGGGAUCGGCACAUCUUUCUGGGAGCUACCCUUCCAGGCAUGCUUGGAGUCAGAGGCGCCAAGCUCCAGUCCAUCAACAAACGAAACUAGGAACAGGGAUGUAGAAAUCAUCGUGUUCGAAGACCUUGAUGACAAUAUCGCCAAGGGGUUCAUCUCUGAGCUAGGCGAGGUCGAGAGCAUGUCCGACGCGAACAUCAAUUGCGUCACCGAGGAAGUGGAUGAUUUCUAUGGCCUCAUUGAGGAGUUGGACGUGUGUGCUCUUGAGGACAACUGGGUCAUCGAAAGGUCCUUUGAGUUCAUGUCUUCCUUGGAAAUGGCGCCAAACAUGGAAGCACCAAGAAUCGAUGAUAACACCGUAACUUUAAGUAGCUCUGUUAAUGGCUCUCGUCCAUCCUGCUUUACCGUAUGGAAGAGGUCAUCAGACUGGGAAGACAUGGAUGUGCGGGAUCCCGGGGAGUCACAAAAGUUGUUGAAGAAAGUUGUGGCUGGCGGUGACUGGACAAUGAGAGCUCAAGAAAGUAACAUCAAGACACAUGUCUUGUCGGAAAGAAGACGCCGGGAGAAGCUCAACGAGAUGUUCCUAGUUCUCAAGUCAUUGGUCCCGUCCAUUAACAAGAUGGACAAAGCAUCCAUCCUCGCAGAGACGAUAACAUAUCUCAAAGAGCUAGAGCAAAGGGUAGAAGAGCUAGAAUCUAGCAGGACACCAUCAUGGCACCCAAAAGAAGGAACGGGACGGGGACUCCAUGAUGUUGCCGGAAGGAAGAAGAUCAAACUAUCAACUGGAUGCAAGAGGAAGGCGUCGGAGUCAGAGAGGGAGGAUGGCGAUGGCCCAAGCAAUGUUGUCAAUGUGAUCAUGAUGGACAAGGAGGUGAUCUUGGAGGUGCAAUGCCGAUGGAAGAAGCUGUUGAUGACACGAGUGUUCGACGCCAUCAAGAACCUCCGUUUGGACAUCGUCUCCGUGCACACAUCCACACCGGGUGGCCUUCUUGAACUCAAGAUACGAGCCACUCACCAGGUUGCGGCUGGUUUUGCUACCGUGGCACCUGGGAUGAUCACUGAAGCGCUUCAGAAAGCUAUAGGCAACCGCUGGCAAAAUUAAUAUCAAAAGCAUGACCAGACACCAGUAGAGCAUGGUAUAGUGCUCAGACACUGAUGGUUAUGUUCUUCAGAUAGGACAAUUGCAUCAGAUAUGACCAUAUCAACAUCAGACGUGAAUGCACUUCAUUUGUACACGAUGACAAAGUGCAUAGCAACGGUACAUCCACCAGUGAGCAAUAUUGCGUGUAGAGUCAACUGAUACUUUCCCACAAUUGGCAGAGUAUUGGCUUCCCUCACAACCAUUUAGGUGACAUGUGCCGGCUUCUCUCUGGUUAAAAAUAAUUAGGACGGACGCAAAAAAACUUGGAAAAAAGGUAGAUCUCUUUGGCAAUUGUGAUAAAUUGUGAUUCUGUUAUUCUAGUUUUGGAAAAUUGAGGAGUUCGGGACCUUGUUUUUUGAGGGGAACUAGACCCUUCUGCAUCUUGCAAAAAUCUCCUUCACCAACAUAAUUCUAUCAGAGCCAACUACUGGCAGCAAACACAUUUUGAUAAGGAGACAAUUCGUUGCAACACGGUAAUUAGGGACUACAUACCAGUUCGUUUGGCCGUUUCUCCCAGAAUCUUGAGAAUCAGACCUCCCUCCGAUUCUCCCAGAAUUUGAACCCAUAUUUUCUUAUAAUCCUAACUGGAUUGUCCCUAAUGUUAGGUUUGUGAGAAAAUUAUGGGUUAAGAUU